AAACUCAUGAGUGCUUUCUCUGCUUGUAAAACUCAUCAAAAUGGCUGAGCAGCAGGAGCAGCAUGCCGUUGAUUUGGACCAGAAUCAGUUCUGCUGUUCAGUAUGUCUGGAGCUGCUGAAAGAGCCAGUCACCAUUCCCUGUGGACACAAUUACUGCAAAGGCUGUAUUGAGGGUUGCUGGAAACAAAAAGAGAAGAAGGGAAAGUACAGCUGCCCUCAGUGCAGGGAGACCUUCACCACGAGGCCUGUUCUGAAGAGGAACAACAUGCUGGCUGAGCUUGUGGAGAAGCUGAAGAAGUCAGGCCUUCAGCGGCCUUCUCCCCCUGCUGCUGAGGCCUGUGCCGGCCCAGCAGAUGUCGCCUGUGAUUUCUGCAGCGGGACCAAACGACACAAAGCCACGAUGUCUUGCCUGACGUGCUUGGUAUCUUACUGUCCCGCUCACCUGGAGCCUCACCACAGUGUUCCUGUGUUGAAGAAGCACCAGCUGGUCUCUGCUACAAUCCCACUGCAGGAAAAGAUGUGUACCAAGCACAACAAGCUGAUGGAGAUCUACUGUCAGACAGACAAGAAGUGUAUCUGCUAUCUGUGCGUUAUAGAUGAGCAUAAGAGCCAUCGUACAGUGUCCGCUGCAGCAGAGAGGGCUGUGGAACAGAAACAGCUGACCGUGAAUCAAAAGAAAGUCCAGGAGAGACAAAAGGAAAGAGAAAAUGAGCUGAAUGAGCUGCUCCAAGCUCUGAAGGCGUUCAAGAGUUGCAGCCAGCCUGCAGUUAAGAUCUGUGAUAAGGUCUUUGAUGAGCUGAUCUCCUCCAUGAAGAAAAAACGCACUUUGGUGAAGCAGCUGAUCAAAGCCCAGGAGCACACUGCAGUCUGUCAGGCUGAAGAGCUGCAGCUGAAGCUGAAGGACGAGAUCACCAAGCUGAAGAUAAGAGACACCGACCUGGAACAGCUUUCUCAUACCGACAACCACAUCCAUUUCAUUCAGACUUUCCAGUCCCUCUCCACCCCCUGCGAAUCUCCAGACUGGCCAACUGGCCCUGUUGUUCAUCCUCAACGUUCCACUUUCAAACCUGUGACCGACUGCGUGUCUAAGCUGAGGGAUGACAUACAGGGCCUCCUGAAGGACACAUCUCACAGCAUCUGUGCCACAGUUUCUACUAUAGAUGUUGUGUUGCCACCUGUACCAAAGACCAGAGAGGAGUUUUUACGCUAUUGCCGUCCUCUAACCCUGGAUGAGAACUCAGUCUCCCAAUAUUUGUCCAUUUCACAAGAAUACCGGAGAGUGACGUAUGAAGACUAUAACAGAUAUUAUUCUAAUCACUUAGACAGGUUUACAAAUUGCAGGCAGGUGUUGUGCAGAGAGGGUUUGUCAGAGCGCUGUUACUGGGAGGUCACUUUGAGUGGUCAUACUUGGUCUGUGGCAGUGUCCUACAAAGACAUCAGCAGAUCGUCAUCAUAUGAAUCAGAGUUUGAAAAUAACGAGUCGUGGAGUUUAGAGUGCUCCCCAGAUGGUUACACUUUCCAACCCAACAGUAGAGGCAUGGCAGUGUCCGGCUCUCCAUCCUCCAAGAUCGGAGUGUUCCUGGAUUAUAAAUCAGGGACUCUGUCCUUUUACAACGUCUCUGACUCGAUGACUUUGCUGCACAAAGAGCACACAACGUUCACUCAGCCUCUCUAUCCUGGCCUUGGGCUGAAGAAUGGAAGCAGUGGACAUUAUGCAGAACUGGUCAAGUUAUGGUGAUAAAGUUAAUAUUGGGGUGGCUAAUGUGUGCCACUGUUGAUCAGGCUGUAAUUGGCUUUCCAAUAUAACUGAAUACCACAUGGUAGAUGAGAGGAUGUCAUUUUACAAGAGUGAAUAAUACAAAAAAGAAAAAGAAGAAGCAUUGAAUACCACCUCACUCUAACUUUAAGGUCCUGCUAAGCCUCUUAACAGAUUUUCAGCGUUAUCUUUUGUUGAAGAGUUUUUGUGCCAAUCUUCUGUGUAGCUUUUCAGCGCUAACAAGAAAUGUUACAAGAAUUAGCAACUAUUUUGAUGAUAAUUUGUAAAACUUUGCUAUAUAAUAUUAUUUCAAAACGUUAUAUUUCUGCUUUAAACUAGCAUUUUGAGGCCAUAUAAGUAGUUUCCUAAUUGUGAAACAGUUAAGGUAAAAGGUAGAGUGCCCUCAGUUGUUAUGGCUGAUUUAUUGCAUUAAUGUGACAUGUUUGUUAAAUGUUUUAUUUUUUUUGUGGCUUUCUCUUGUUCUGUUUGGAUCACCAAUUUCUUGGAAUACUUCUUUGCAUGAAAAAGGCUGCUCAGAAAAGUUUGUCGUCAGUUACUUUAAACCAUAUCAUAUCGUUUUAUUUGUUUUAGUGUUUAUAUAAAUACGACUGUUUGGUUAUGCUCCGCAUUGGAGCAUUUAUAUACAGAAGAAUAUGCUGUAAAUCAUUUGGAUUAUUUUUUACAAUAAAUAAAUAAAG